AUGGCGGCGGCUGGGGGCUGCCUGCGGGCGGUGGGGCUGCAGUUCUGGGCUCGCUCACUGCAGGCGCUGCCCGCCCUGCUGGCUCCCGCUGUCCUGCUGGGGCUGCUGCUGGGCGCCGGCGCCGCCGCCCUGCUCUGCCGCUGCGCGCUCGGGCCGCGCCGGCGGAGAGAGAAGGAUGAUUCCGAGAGACUUCUGGAAAGCUUCAACUCUGAUGAAAAAGAGCACACACUCAUGAAAAGUAAAGCAGAACCCUAUACAUCAAAAGAGGAAAUGGUGCUGGAGGAAAGUGAGUCUCCUCUGAACAGUAACAUCACGGCAUUUGCAUUGAAGGCAAAAGUGAUCUAUCCCAUCAAUCAGAAAUUUAGGCCUUUGGCAGAUGGCUCAUCCAAUCCAUCUUUGCAUGAGAAUCCAAAGCAGUCAGUUCUGCCUAAUCAGAUCAUGGAGACAUCUAUGUCAGGCAGCCUGGGAUCCCUGAGCCAGGGAGAUAAAGAGGACUGCAGUUCCUCCACGACAAUACAUUCCACAACAAGCGAUGACAGGUUUCAGGCUCGAGCCUUCCUCAAGGUGAUCAGUUUCCCUGAAGUGCUAACAUGUGAGAGUUUUGAUGUUAAGCUCUGCCUUUGCAGUCUUAUUUUAAAAGAUCUCAUGCUUCUUGAUACUGAACUCAGAAAAGAAAAAUAUGUGAAUUUUGAAGAAUUACAGAAACAACUUGACUCCAGACUUCAGAAUACUGAGAUGUCAGGAGCCCAUAAUUCAGAGUACCAGACUCUAGAAGACUUAGAAAGGAAAGAAAGAGAAUAUUCUGAGCACAUAAUAGAUAAUAUGGAAGCUUUCUGGAAGCAGACUGACAAAGCCCAGCAGGCUUUUUUGGACCAAUCAAAAUGCUCAAGUGCCAAAGCAGCAAAGAUAAUGAUGGAUCUGACCGAGAAGAUGAUUGCAGUAGAAAGCUUAUUAAGUGAAUCUCAAGAUUUGCAGGCAAUGGACAUUCAGGAAAGGUUAUUCAACUGGGAACUUAUGGUGAAAAUGAUUGAUUCACUGAAGUCCUAUAUACCGGAAGAAUGCAAGUGUAGAUUAAACAUGGUAUCCAAUAUUCUGGACCAUUUAACUGUAAAGAAUAAUCUCUCAGUCCAACAAAAGGAAGAACUUUUAACGGAUCUGCACAAGGCCUUCUGGGAACAGCUGGCACUUUUCAGUAGUGAAUGUAUCCAGCAAAGUAAAGACCUGAUCUUGAAACGACUGGAGUGCCGAGCAAAGAAGAGAGAAGAGUUCAAACACAGACAGAAAGCUGAACAAGGGAGUUUCCUCAGUAAAACUUUUCAUAUUAAAGAUGUCCAUGAUUUUCUUAAGGCUUACCAUGAGCUGUUAGAGAAGCAUCGGCAAGCACAGUGGGAGCUGGAGGAGGAGGAUGACUGCAAGAGCACAGAAGCUGUUGCAGAUCUCUACAAGGAGCUUUACUCUAAAGCUUCCCACGCUUUAGCGGAGUUGGUGACGGAGCUGUUUCUUCAGACCCUGCCUGUUGUGACCAGCCUUUCUGUAAGAGAAUGUGAGCUUCUGAAAGAGGAAUGGCAGGAGAAUUUGGUCCCUCAACUGGAGAAAUGGGAGACCCACCGCCAGAGACGCUGGAAGCUUUUCCAGGAACAGCUAUUGCAAGAAAAAAAACUGUGGAUAAAGGAAUAUGCUCUGUCUGCUGUGAUGCAAAAGCACCUGUCUGAGAAACAAGAGAAGAUAAUUCAAGGUGUCAUAAGCAGACUAGGAUGCCUCAGUGAUGAGUCUGUUAACUAUAUAUUGCAAAAACACCGUCUUCUGCUGUGUUCGGUACUCACAAGGUUAACCCUCCGAAGAGUUGGAAUGGCAGCCCUGGCUUGCAUGAGAAUGUCCAGAAAGAAGAGCUUGCUUCAGGAGCUGAGAGAGCAACAUACCCUGCAGAAGGGAUCCUCCCCCUGCCAAGAUGAGGACCAGUGGCAGUUACAAAAGGCAGUGGAGUCCCACAUUCUGGAAGAGGAGGAAAAGCUUGAGGAAGAAAUGCAGCAAACCCAUUUAGAAUUUCACCAGCAGCUAGUCACAGAAAUUCAAGAAGCAAUUCAGUUUCUUCAGCAGCACAUGGAGCAGGUGAUUGGGCGGACGCUGCUGCAGCAUGCCCGACAGGAAGCUGGAAAAAAGAGUUCAGAUGAUGGUCAGAACUUCAAGGAGAGACUGGUGGAAGCUGCUGUGGAAAGUGUGUAUGGGACCAGCAAUAAUAUCAACAGACUGGUGCAAAACUAUUAUCAGCAAUUGGGAAAAAUCACAGAAGGCUAUGAAGGGAAAAAGCUUCAACAACUGAAAUCCUUACAAGAAGAUUUUACAAAAAACAUUAUUUCAGCAGAAAGAAGUGAAAGGAACAGUCUUAGGAAGAAACAAGAGAAUGAACUGGCAUUGAAAGAACAGACCAAAGGCCUCCUGAACGUAACAUCCACAGUCCAUCAAAGGAUGGUGCUGCAGCAAAAGAAGGUUUUGUCUCAGUUUGAACUGCAGCAGCAAAUGCGUCUGGAGUCUCUGAAACAGAAGCUGCUGGGGUUGCAUCACCUAGAAACUGAGUUGGAGACUCAGCUAAAGGAAGCAGAGCAGGACUUUGUGAGCGAGUUGGCUGCACUGGCCCGAGUUCCAGUGGCUGUGAAGAAGAAGCCUUCCAAAAGGAGCAAGCCAGCAGAAAAAUGUGGGAAGCCUCAUCAUGCAGAAGUCCUGCUGAAAGGCAUCCUGAACCACACUGAAGAAGUGUGCAACUUGAAAGACUUGUACUUGGGACAUUCAAGCUGGUGGCAGCUCCUCUGCAAUAUGGACAGAUUCAUUCCUGAUGUAAACAAGCACUCCUAA